CAGCAGUAAAAAAUUUAGUAAGAACAGGUCUACUUUUGCUUUAAUAAGAAUUUUGGAUUAAAACAACGACAGGUAUUUUAAAAAGCCUCCAACUAACACCAGAUGGAGAGAGCAGAAGUGAUAACAAUCUCGACCAAUAAAAAACUGAAGCUUCAGUACAAAAUUGAUAAGAUUCAUCCCACAAAUUUAGUUCAUAGCAAUGAAUAUCCCACAAAUUUAGUUCAUAGCAAUGAACAUUCCACACAUUUAGUUCAUAGCAAUGAACGUAGAGCUUAUUACAGUCCUGGUAGGAGCUGCGAAGUAGAAUCCCCAGUCGGACCAGAAUCCAUACUUAAGGAUCAUAUAAAAAGGAAAACUGAGAACAACAAAAUUACAUACGAAAAUGACAUCACAACAGAGAAAUCAGUUACUUUUCUCGAAAUUGGUGCUCAACAAAACUCAGAGCAUGUUGGCAUAGGUAAUUCAGAAAAAAAUCAAUUUCACAAAACCAAAUCGUGCACGUAUUCAAAUUUAGACUCAGAAAUAAAAAUUAAAGUUAAGGCCGCAAAAAACAAAAAUCAAACUCUCAGACUGGCAAAACGAAAAUGCGAAAAUACCUGGAGAAAUUCUUUACUUGAACUUAGUGAAGGACAAAGUGACACUAGGAAUGAUGUUCCUGAGAAUGAAGAACAAAGACUACCCAAAUGCGAUGGCGAAAUAGAUGAAAACAGGGACUUUAUGCAGAGUCAGCGAGAAGGUAUCAAGGAUUUCAUUGUUCACAGCUCAGAUGACGAUUACGAUACUGCAAUGGUGUUUCGAGACGAUUUGUUGAAACUUGGCAUUCCAGAUCUCGCAGUGGAUAAUUUUGUACACGUCAAUCCGCAGAAAACUGAAAUGGAGAGUAUAUCAUCGCUUCAUGAACAGUGUAACACAGUCUUGAUUUUUGUCACAAAUAAUUACGCUAAAGACAAACUUCGACGCCGACAAGCGGAAAUGUUAUUACUGAAAGGUAUGGCAAUUGAAAGCUUUCAGAAUUGGGUUGUGCCUGUAUGGGUUGAUAAAGAUGUUAAAAAGUCAGUUUUAGAGUUGGCUCCGAUUAAAGGAAUACAGUAUUACCAAUCAAAUCAGAAGAAAACAGACUUUUCAAAGCAAGUAACAGAAUUGGUGAUGGCUGGGAGGGGUCGUUGUAUGGACCAAGAACUGUAAGGAGUUUUACAAGGAAACAAUAGUAAGGGAGUUUAUUAAUUAAGAAACUAUCAUCCUAAUAAAUAUAAUUUUUACGAACAAUAUUGCUUUACUUUACACAAGAUCUGCAAAAUAAUCAAAAUGUCACAACUAAAUGAUAAUAUUUCAAACUUGAGGUUGUAGUAUCACCUAUUAGCUGCAAUUCGUUUAGACAUUUCUCUAAACAUUACAAACAACAUGUAUGUAACUUAAGAUUUCUUUUUCAUGAAAUUGUAUCCUCCCUUAUUGUGAUAAGUACCAUUCAAUUAUGAAACUGAUGUGUUAGUUAAAAAUGUUUAGUAGGACUAUAAAUUCAAUUUUAAAUUAAUCAAUAAUUGAGAAUAAGCUUAUUGAGUAGUAAUUAAUGCUAGCGGUAAGUAAGGUGUAUAUUAAUUGUUAAUAGCAUAUGAGGUUUUAAUAGACGGACGAGAGAAGCGUCAAUUAAUCAAGGUGUAUAGUUGUUGAUAAUAGGCAACUGGAGUAAGGUGAAUAAUCAUGAAAUCAAAUAUCUUUAACUAAAAAAACUUAAUUGCCCUUAGAUUAAGUUGUUGUAUUAAUUACUCAACUUGUGCAGCAGCUUUUUUAAGCAGUUGUAGGGGGUGAUGGAAGGGGAACAAAAGAAUGACCAUAUAAAGAAUGAUACACUGCAUAAAGGUUUAAAAGAAGCACUAUAUUAAACAGCUUUUUCCAUGUCAGCCUCAUUUGGACAUUAUUUCAUGAUAUCUAUCUCUGCUUCUGAUAUAAUGUCAAUAUUUCUUUUGUAAGUAUUCAGUUUAAUUUAAUCGCCUUCUCACAUAUUUAUCCUGCCAGAAAAAUAAUAAAAAAUGAUAAAAAAAUACAAAAAUGCUGUAAACUUUCAUUCAUCAAAUCUUUAAGUUUUUUCCUUUUUUGUUACUAAACUAACUUAGUAUCAGAACCUUCAUUCUAGGGAGAAUGCCCUGCUACAUUUGGAAAUACUUUUGAAAAUUUAAAUGUCUUUUGGAAGAUAAGAAAAAAGAAUUUCAUUUAAUAAAAUUUGUAGAAUUUAUAUCUACAUGGAACAUAUGUGGUGCAACCAGAUAAACUGUCAUCAGUAAAAUUCAGUUUGACUCUUGUUUGGUAUAAUUCUCACCUGAAUAAAUUCUGUCAUGUUUCUUCUAGUAAAUGAAACUUAAGAUUUGCAAAUACUUGAAGAGCACUUUAAUUUAAUGUAGGACAUUUAUCUUUUCCUCAAAAUAUUUGAUGGUAUGAUAGCAAUGUCGUACAAUAAUUUAAAUACUUACACUAACUUGAAUUACUGACUGUCUAGCUAAUUAUGUAUAAAUUGUUUUCGACGGUCAAUAACAAUCUAAAAAGGUUGAGACCUUUCAACAUGUGGAGAAUAUGUGUAGGUGACUCGACAACUCGGUCUGUAAAAGCAAAUACAUGUGUCAGACACUAACAGGUGUAAUCGAAUAUACCUUAUUUUGUUAUUGUUAAAUAUAUAAAACUAGAUGCCCACAUGCAACUUGUCGAAUCCACCAGCUGUCAAAAAAAAAUCUAAUAGCACCAAGUUUAAAACUUUGACCUCUAAGUAUGACCUUGACCUUUGAGAUAAAAGUCUGAAAGUUGCACGCGACACUUUAUAUCAAUUAAGGUAAAUAUUAAUGCUAAACAAGAAAAAGAUUGCUUUAUGCAUGGCAAAGUUACAGCCCGGACAAUCUAUUAAAUGAAAUUUGACCCCAAAGUGUGACCUUGACCUUUAAGGUCCUGAGGUUUGCGCACAACACUUUGUCUUAUGGAGGCGAACAUCUACGCCAAAGAAAAAGAUUGUUCCAUACUUAUCAA